AUGGGUCUUGGUAAUACUAUUGUUGAUGAGAAUGAUGCCUCAAACCAAGACCGUGCUAAGGCCAUGAUUUUCCUUCGUCGUCAUUUAGAUGAAGGACUAAAAGUAGAAUAUCUUACUGUCAAAGAUCCUCUUGUCCUUUGGCGAGAUUUGAAAGAAAGAUUCGACCACCUGAAGUUGCAGCAAUAUAGAGAGAGAGGAUUUAAAAAAUAUUCUGAACUUAUUGCAUGUCUUCUGUUGGCUGAACAAAAUAAUGAAUUACUGCUGAAAAAUCAUGAGUCCCGACCAACUGGUGCAAGUCCAUUCCCUGAAGCGAAUGGGACUCAAUUUCAAAAUUCUGGUCGAGGUCGUGGACGUGGCCGUAGAGGUGGCCGUGGAAGAAGCCGUGGACGUGGCCGUGGCCGUGGACGUGAUCAUAGUAGAUUUGUGCCUCGUGAAAAUUAUAGCCGUGGCAAGCAACAAAAUAUUUCUCAAGAGAGAGAAAAUGACUACGAUCCGAAAGAAGGAGAAAAGAAAGUUUAUGAAGAAAAAUGCUACCGAUGUGGUAUGGAAGGUCACUGGUCCCGUACCUGUCGUACGGCUGAACAUCUUGUUGACCUUUAUCAAGCAUCAUUGAAAAAGAAGGACAAAGAUGUCGAGACAAAUUUUAUCGACCAAAAGAAUGAUGAUGAUGAUGAUGAUACUGACAUGACACAUCUGGAUGUUGCCGAUUUCUUUGAGCAUCCUGAAGAUGCAAAAUGA